AUCAGCGGACAAUAAGAAGAGAAGGCCGGGCAGCUGCGCCCCUCCAGCAGCCGCAUGUUCCCGCACACCGGUAACAGUUAGCCCGUGAGAAAAGCGCCGCUGAAUGUAGGAGAUAUUCACCUUUUGUGGCUUAGCCGCUUAUCAAAAACGGAUCUCCUCACCAGAGCGCUCGUUUAAAAUUCUGCUGGCUGAAAUCACUGCAAGCUAGCAGCAACAUCACUUGGCAGUAGGCUACAGGGGAGACGUGUUCCUGUGAGCUGAGCUGACCACCACGUACAUUCCUCCGUUCGCUGGAUGACAAAUGCCAAGCCUACGGAUGGAUAUUUUAGUCGGAGCGGGGGGGAUCACAGGAAUGCGCGUGCCGCUGUUUGGGAAAAACUGGUUGUGAUGUUUAACUGCUGCUAAGACAUUGACUGUGAAUCUAGUGUGUUCUUGCAGUUGGCACAAUCAAGGUGAAGGCAGCUAGCCCAUUAGCUCUCGAGCUAUCCGGGUAGUGGGACAGGGAACAGAAAACGCAUUGAAUGGGUUUGAUAUCGUUAUUGUUCAAAUGAAAAAGCAAAGCACAUGAUAAGCGUGCACACUUUUUCUUUGCAAGCUGCACUUCCUUAUUGGACAAUAGUGCUUGUCACUGAAAAAGGAGCGGAUGCCAGGGGAUGCUUGAUAGUAUUCUGGGGGAAACUUGACAUAUCUAUGAGAAUUUUAUUAUAGAGCUUUUUUCCCUUUUACAUCCGCUGAAUAUUUUAAUAUUAACCCCCCUGUCAUAUUAGUGAGUGACUACUCAUGAUCGGUGCCAAGCAAUAUUGUCCUAUCAUCACUACAUUAAACUCGUACUGGCAGCCUAUUUCUUUACCCUCAAAAUACACCUGCUUCGUUCAGGUCCUUUAAAUUGAGUCUUCUAUCAGGUUCUUGCAAACACAUGGGUCUUACAGAGCGCUGGUAGCUUAAAUCAUAGUGGAUGCCGAUGCUCUGGACGGACAGAUGAUGAUGGUGAUGAUUCAUUCACACACUACGGGAAUAUGAGGAAGUUACUCUCGGCUUGACCGAGCACACGGCUCCGCGUUCACGAAAUCCAUGCUAUUCCCGAUGAUUAAAUUAUUACUCGGCGGCUAUUUGAUGAUCAGCAAACGAAAGCCACCUCUCCUCGGGUUGCCUGUGAAGUCGAGCUGACAGAAGCUGGUAGGGUUUGUUUGAAAGGCUGGAGCAGGGUGUGACCGCACUUCGUUUAAAUGUUACAUGCCGCACUGAGCGAAGCUCACUAUGAACGCAUCUUGGAAUUUCUACGUCAAUCCGUGCGGAUGACGCCGCCACCGCCAACGUUCGAAAACAAAACGUCGCUGAGGCAAAAGUUCCUUUUUCAAAUUCUUUCGGCCAAAGAGAAGGUCUGUUAGCCAUGUAGCUGGCUGCACAUGACGGGCUGGACUUCUCCGACUAAUGUCUAGGGUGUCGAAUAUUUUUUUUUAGUCUGUGUUGUGCGUGGAAGUGUAGAUGUAUAGUGCAGUUAUUUUAGCUUCGUCGUGACUGUUUCUAGUUGCUAUGGCAUUUUUAAACGGCCCCAGACUGCUGGACUGGGGAAACUCUCCUCCACACUUACAGUUCAACAAAUAUGUCCUGACUGGCUAUAGACCCAUCUCCUCCGUCCAGGAGUGUAUCAAGAGUCUCUUCUAUCUGCACAAUGAGCUGGGGAACAUCUACACACACGGAAUCCCUCUGCUCUGUUUCCUGGUGCUGCUCCCCCUCAACAUCCCUUGGUCACAGAUCAGCGCGAUGUGGCUUGGCGUUGUGCACUUCCUAGCCUGCCUGUCACCGCAGCUGGGCUCAGUGGUCUACCACCUCUUCAUGAACCAUAAGGGCGGCGAGCCUGUCUACCAAACCUUGCUCACGCUAGAUAUGUGUGGAAUCUGCAUGAUCAACACGCUAGGAGCUCUGCCCAUCGUGUACAGCACUCUUCUCUGCUACCCCUUCACCCGCACAGUGGCUCUGCUGAUAUACAUCCUGCUCUCCAGUUACGCCAUCUACUGUGCCAUCACAGCACGCAGCAGAGUGCGGCGUCUGCGUUCCUUCGCCUGGCAGGCACUUUUCCGCUUCUCGUUUUUCCUCCUGCGCUGGAUAGGUUUGGGCGGAGGGAGUCCCUCCUCACUACGUCACUUUCUCACCAUGGAUGCACUCGCGGUGUUGGGCGGUGUCAUCAAUAUCACACGAAUCCCCGAGCGGUUCCGCCCGGGCCUGUUUGACUACUGGUGCAACAGCCAUCAGAUCAUGCAUGUGCUGGUGGUAGUGUCAAUACUGUACCUACACUGGGGGGUGCGGGACGACUUAAUAUGGAUCAACACGUAUCACUGUCCAUCAGACUGACAGUGGCCCCUGCCAGUCUGGAAUCAAGGGUAAUAAGGCGUGAGGACCUCUUUUAGUAAUAACAUGUUUGGGAAUGCGAUGUAAUUGGGCAAAUAAUGGUUUGGGGUCGGGGGAGGUUGUUGUGCUUUGUAUAUAACUGUGUGCACGGAAGUCUAUAAGAAGUGUUUUACAUGUUUUUUUUUUUUUUUAGGAGACACCAGUGCCAGCUUUGACACACAUGCUUGUUUGUGCCAUCAGUAGCCAGAAUGUACAUAUCCGUGUUUGUAUAAACAUUGGCUGUGCAUGGCACUGUUUAGACCUGCUAGCUCAAACAAAGCUCAUUUGUUUUUUGGUUUGGAGACCUACACAUUUUAUAGGCACACACACACACACACACACACACAUAUGGGGUCUGACGUUAUUUGAUGUCAUAUGUUCACCAGCAUUUAAAGCAUUUAUAACCACUAAAUUUAGUUGCAGUUGAAUAGUGAAAGACAUGAUUGAGCCCUUAAAUGAUUGGGUCUCAAAAAGCAAGGUUUAACAUAUCACAUAAUCAAAAAUUUGUUGCAAAAAAUAGCAUGACUUUUGUGAAAACUAAUUAUGGUUUGUCUCUUCUCAAUUUUGCUGGUGAUACAAACAAAGACCAAUGGUGCAGAAAUGAUGUAUGCACCACCAAAUUUCAACGUAUUACUCUAUUGCAGACUAUGCAGCAUAUCAAAUGUAACAUCAGUGCUAACACCACACACA